AGGCUGCUGACGUUUAAGGGAGCCCGAAAAGCCUUUAUAAAGUGCAAACAUUUUGGGAAGAGACACAGAACACCUUCGAGUGUCGAAAAGCAACGCAAGUGUGGAUUAUCUGAGCAGCAUGAAAGUCAUUUUGGUAUUAGCCUUCCUGUCGCUUGGACUCGCCGCCGAGUUGCCCCAGACCACGGAAACCGCACCGAAGACCACGGCGGGGAAGCCCCAGCAGCCGGAACUGCCCGUUCACGUCCAGAACCUGAUAACCAGCCAUGUCAAUCAGGUGCUCCAGCACAUAAAGAACAAACCCCAGGCUGCGAAUACUUUGAGUGGCCCGGUGGAGUGGCAUGGGAGUGGAACUGGGAGUGGGAGUGGGGCGCCAGUCGUCAAGCCCCAUCCAGAUCUCCUUCCACCACUGGCACACUCUGGUGAUGUCCUUUCGUCUCCCACUGCCCACAUCCCAACGACUUCACCUGCGCUGCAAUCUGGCCUACAGUCGGUGCAAGCUGGCGAUCCACAGGUGAAGGUUACCAACCACCACGCCACCGGAACCCUGAUCCACCAGGGCAGGCCGGUGGUGCAGAACAAAGUUGUGAUGCGGCCGGUGGAGCAUAUGGUGCUCUCCCUUCCCGGCCAGGAACCCAUUGAUGUGGCCGAGAAACUUGGCAAACUGCAACAGCAUGUGAACAAGGUGAUGCAACAGGCUGAGAAACACAUUCCUUUGGCCGUCAAUCAGGCCAUCAAGCAAAAGAGGGAACAGCAGGCGCAAAGGGAAAAGGAGCAGCUGCAAAAGGAUAAGCAAAAUCAGGAUAAUAGCAAGGUGGAUCAAGAGCAAACCGAGACAACAAACCAGCCAAAUGGAUCCAAAACAGGUCGCUCUAUCGUAAUUCCCGAUAAGGUCUCCCAUGUGGUGAACCAGGUUCACGCGCACAUUCCACAGCUGAUUUCCCAGCAUCGCGAGGAAAUGAAACUCGGAAAAUGCAAUUUCCAGUGCCCCAAAGCGGCAUUAUCCGUUUGCGCCAGCAAUGGCAAGUGUGUGGUCACCUUUCCCGGCCAAUGUGAACUGAGUCAAUGGAACUGUUUCAACACCAAGAACGUUUUCCAUCAAGUGCACGAUGCCGAGUGCCAAAAUACCAUUACUUGCUAUAAGAGGGACAUGAUGAUGUAAUUAAUUCCGUGAAUAAUUACAAAUUAACCACAAUAACAUUCCAUGAAAUAAAAUAAUAUUUUCCAAAUGAA